AGAAAGAAAGAAAGAAAGAAAGAAAGAAAGAAAGAAAGAAAGAAAGAAAGAAAGAAAGAAAGAGAAAGAAAGAAAGAAAGAAAGAAAGAAAGAAAGAAAGAAAGAAAGAAAGAAAGAAAGAAAGAAAGAAAGAAAGAAAGGAAAGAAAAGCCAACAACAAUACAUGAAAGAUUUAAUUUUUAA